AUGAAGUUCCAAACCUCUGCAAACGUCGCAAUCCUUCUAGCUACUAUAGCCUAUGCCGCACCCUCCAACCGAGCCGCCAGACUCAUUGCAAGAGAUUCAAUUAACGACUGCGGCGCAUCCACUUUUGUCGACGAGACUACUGGUGGUUCCCCCACCGUCUCUGACUGCCAACAAAUGAUGGCCAACAUCGCCGGCGGCGGAUCAUGGGAAGUCCUCGAUACGACCCAGAGACAGCUAGUCCAAUACGGCACCUGUGCGUUCGGCGCCAACCAAGAUUCGGAUGGAGGGAUUAUAUAUGUCGGUAACCAGGAUAUCAUUGACCUAGUCACCACCGCUAUCGAUCUUUUCCAGUGGGAAGGACUAGUAGGUGCCAAGGGUGAUAUGCCCUGCAAUAUUGUCGGAGCUAGCACUUCGAACACUACGUGGGGUCUUUAUUACAAUAAUUAG